ACUCUUUUAAUCAUCAGCGUAGAAGAAUCUCAUUACAAUUAUUCUUAAUUUUCGAUCAGAAACGAAGCUUAAGGUUGAGAUUUUGCAAUUCUGGCAUACUGAUUGUGUUUUCUAUGUCAAUUUAAGGAUAUUUGAGUUGUGGGUUUAGUACAAUUGUUAGGGUUAGUAGUACACUGUAAUAUACAAUUUCAAGAAACUUUCCAAAAAAGGCCAGAUUCUUGGGUUUUGCAUGUGGGCUUAAGCAUUUAUUUCUCUUUUCUUUUUUACAGAAGUAGAAAUAAAUCAUUUGGUUUUUAAAAACAAAACACAUUGAAUUUUGAGAUCAAAUUUUUCGAGAAUGUUUUCGAUUUCCGAAAAGAGCAUACUAUCCUCAAGGCUUCUUUCUUUCCUAAUAGCCUUUUCGAUGUUUCUAUUAAUCUCCUCUUCGUUAUCUCUUAUCGAGUUCGAAGAAAAUUCGUUCGUUCCCAAAUCGGUUCUUCAAUUAAUACCGAAUUUGGUAAGUAACGCAUCAGUUAAUAAUCAAAUACCGAAUGCCAUAAUUGUUGAUGCACAAGAAAGCCCUGUCAAAAGUCCCGUUUUCCCAAACGAAACUUUAAAUAAUACUAUUAGUGUCGACGAACCGGAAGAAAAACAUUUAACGAGAAAAUGUGACAAAACCAAAGCUCAUCUUAAGGUAUAUAUGCACGACUUGCCGCCCAAAUUCCACUUCGGGUUGUUGGGAUGGAAUGCACCUGCAAACCAAACGUGGCCUAGUUUAACCGACCGCGUGAAAUUACCAUCUUACCCUGGAGGACUAAAUCUGCAGCAUAGCACAGAGUAUUGGCUAACGCUUGAUCUUUUAUCAUCAAGUAAUAAAGAUAUAGUUAGGCCAUGCACUGCAAUUAGAGUAGAGAAUUCGAGCGAAGCGGAUGUGAUCUUCGUGCCAUUUUUCUCGUCUUUGAGUUACAACCGAUUUUCGAAGCACCGGCAAAAUCGAAAAGGUAGUGGAGAUAAAGUUUUGCAGGAGGAAUUGGUUAACUUUUUGGUCAAAACGAAAGAGUGGAAAAGAUCGAGGGGAAAAGAUCAUUUGAUUGUGGCACACCACCCGAAUAGCAUGUUAAUUGCGAGGAGAAAACUCGGUUCUUGCAUGUUUGUGCUAUCGGAUUUCGGGAGAUACUCGAGUAGAAUAGCUAACCUUAAGAAGGAUGUGAUUGCUCCCUACAAGCAUAUGGUGAGGUCUAUUGCAGCAGAUAAUUCGCCCUUGUUCGAUGAGCGGCCGAUUUUGGCGUAUUUUCAAGGCGCAAUUUAUCGGAAAGAUGGUGGAGCAAUCCGUCACGAACUAUACUAUCUUCUAAAAAACGAAAAAGACGUGCAUUUCACAUUCGGAAGUGCCCACCAAUCGACCGGUGUACGAGAGGCGGGCAAAGGUAUGGCCCACUCAAAAUUCUGCCUAAACAUUGCAGGCGACACUCCUUCAUCGAAUCGGCUCUUCGAUGCAAUCGCCACUCACUGCGUCCCCGUAAUAAUCAGCGACGAGAUCGAGCUUCCGUUCGAAGACGUCCUCGACUACUCGGAGUUCUGCGUGUUUGUCCGAGCGAAAGAUGCCGUCAGAAAAGGGCAUCUUUUGAAUAUUCUACGAGGGAUAAAAAACGAGAGGUGGAGUAGAAUGUGGGAGAAGUUGAAGGAGAUUAGCGGACGCUUUGAGUACGAAUUUCCGUCGAGAGAAAACGACGCGGUUGAUAUGAUUUGGCAGACGGUUUCUAGAAAGAAUGUGUCGACUCGGUUGAGUGUGCACCGUAAGAAUCGGUACACUAGAUCGCAGUUUCGGUUAAGGAUGUAACUACUUUUUUAAAACACACACACACACACAUUGAGGAUUUUAUAUAUCAGAAAGAUCAAGAACUAUUUUUCUCUGUUCUAAAGUAAACAGUAUUUGUGCUAUGUAAGAACCUAAAUUGUACUGAUUUCAACAAAUGAAA